AUGACAGCAGAAGACAAGAAACCGCUUUUGGACGCCUCUGGUGCUCAUGAGGCCGACGACGCCACCGCUACUGCCAUUUUGAGAAGAAAGAAGAAGGACAACGCUUUGAUCGUGGAUGACGCUACAAAUGAUGAUAAUUCCGUCAUCACUAUGUCCUCGGCCACAAUGGAGCUCUUGGAAUUGUUCAGGGGUGACACAGUCUUGGUUAAGGGUAAGAGAAGAAAGGAUACCAUCUUGGUUGUGCUCUCAGACGACGAAAUGCCAGAUGGCGUUGCCAGAAUCAACCGUUGCGUUCGUAACAACUUGAGAGUGAGAUUGAGUGACAUCGUCACGAUCCACCCUUGCCCUGAUAUCAAGUACGCCUCCAGAAUCUCGGUGUUGCCUAUUGCUGACACUGUGGAGGGAAUCACUGGCUCCUUGUUUGACGUGUACUUGAAGCCAUACUUCGUUGAGGCAUACAGACCCGUUAGGAAAGGUGAUUUGUUCACCGUGAGAGGUGGUAUGAGACAGGUGGAAUUCAAGGUUGUGGAUGUCGAGCCAGAGGACUUCGCCAUUGUCGCCCAGGAUACUAUCAUUCACUGUGAAGGUGAGCCAAUCAACCGUGAGGACGAAGAGAAUAACAUGAAUGAAGUCGGUUAUGACGACAUUGGAGGUUGCAAGAAGCAGAUGGCUCAGAUAAGAGAGUUGGUCGAGUUACCUUUGAGACAUCCUCAAUUGUUCAAGUCGAUUGGAAUCAAACCACCAAAGGGUAUCUUGAUGUAUGGUCCUCCAGGUACGGGUAAGACCAUCAUGGCCAGAGCUGUCGCUAAUGAGACUGGUGCGUUCUUCUUUUUGAUCAACGGUCCAGAGAUUAUGUCGAAAAUGGCUGGUGAAUCCGAAUCCAACUUGAGAAAGGCUUUUGAGGAAGCUGAAAAGAACUCUCCGGCUAUCAUCUUCAUUGAUGAGAUUGACUCGAUUGCUCCAAAGAGAGACAAGACAAAUGGUGAGGUUGAAAGAAGAGUUGUAUCUCAAUUGUUGACCUUGAUGGAUGGUAUGAAAGCAAGAUCUAAUGUGGUGGUCAUCGCCGCUACGAAUAGACCAAAUUCCAUUGAUCCUGCUUUGAGAAGAUUUGGUAGAUUUGACAGAGAAGUCGACAUCGGUGUGCCAGAUGCCGCUGGUCGUUUGGAGAUUUUGAGAAUCCACACAAAGAACAUGAAGUUGGCCGACGAUGUUGAGUUGGAGGCCAUCGCUUCCGAAACACAUGGAUUUGUCGGUGCUGAUGUUGCGUCCUUGUGUUCCGAAGCCGCUAUGCAACAGAUUCGUGAAAAGAUGGAUCUCAUCGAUUUGGAGGAGGAGACAAUCGAUGCCGAAAUCUUGGAUUCUUUGGGUGUCACUAUGGAGAACUUUAGAUUCGCUUUGGGCAACUCUAAUCCUUCCGCCUUGCGUGAAACCGUUGUCGAGAAUGUCAACGUCACCUGGGACGAUAUUGGAGGAUUGGACGACAUCAAGAACGAAUUGAAGGAAACCGUCGAAUACCCUGUGUUGCAUCCCGAUCAAUACCAGAAAUUCGGCUUGGCCCCAUCAAAGGGAGUCUUGUUCUUCGGUCCUCCCGGUACUGGUAAAACCUUGUUGGCCAAGGCCGUUGCCACUGAGGUCUCUGCUAACUUCAUUUCUGUCAAGGGUCCAGAGCUCUUGAGUAUGUGGUACGGUGAGUCUGAAUCCAACAUUAGAGAUAUCUUUGACAAGGCCAGAGCUGCUGCACCAACAGUGGUUUUCUUGGAUGAAUUGGAUUCUAUUGCGAAGGCAAGAGGUGGUUCUCACGGUGACGCAGGCGGAGCCUCAGAUAGAGUGGUGAACCAGUUGUUGACAGAGAUGGAUGGUAUGAAUGCCAAGAAGAAUGUGUUUGUGGUUGGUGCCACUAAUAGACCUGACCAAAUUGACCCUGCUUUGUUGAGACCAGGUAGAUUGGAUCAGUUGAUUUACGUUCCAUUGCCCGAUGAGGGUGCGAGGUUGUCGAUCUUGCAAGCUCAGUUGAGAAACACUCCAUUGGAGCCUGGUUUGGAGUUGACCGAGAUUGCCAAAAUCACAAACGGCUUCUCGGGUGCUGACUUGUCUUACAUUGUUCAAAGAUCUGCCAAAUUUGCGAUCAAGGACUCCAUUGAGGCUCACAUUAGGCUCAUGAAGGAGAAGGGAGAUGGAGAAGUCAAACAAGAGGAGGGUGAUGACGUCGACAUGACCGAUAAGCCAAAGGCUGAAGAGGAAGAGGACCAGGAGGAUCCAGUUCCUUACAUCACCAAAAACCACUUCGAAGAAGCCAUGAAGACAGCCAAGAGAUCUGUCUCGGACGCCGAGUUGCGCCGUUAUGAGGCCUAUGCUCAGCAGCUACAAGCAUCUAGAGGUCAGUUCACCAACUUCAGAUUCUCCGAGAAUGAGGGUAUCGCCGGCGAGUCCGGCGCUGGCGCAGCUUUCGCAAAUGAAGCCGAAGAAGAUGAUUUGUAUAGUUAG